GGGCUGAGAACCGGAGAGGAGCGCUGCCGAGUCGGUGGGGAAUGCUUUCGGGCACAAAUCAGUGUUGAGGUGGAUGACUUUCGAGGGUGGCUGUUCAGCACGUUAUUUAAAGCGGUUAUGAGCGGACACACUGAGUAAGACCCAGGGUACGCUGAACAGCUGCAGGAUCCCGUGCGGAAGCGCAAAAAGCACUUUCUUAACAUACACGUAAUAAAAAGCACGUUUUCCAAGAAAAGCAAUGAUACGGUUAGUGUCCAGAUACGGAGACGAAGUGGAGCUUGGUUUUGGGUCAUUUCUUGGAAUAAUUGGAUCAAACUUGAUAGAAAACAAAAGGCAAAUGAGACGCUGGCUGCCCGCGCAGACACAACCCAGACUGUGUGCCGGCGUUGCAGGCGGUUGUGAUUUAUACGGGAGCUACGUGGUCAGCAGUUUUCACAUGACAAGUCAGCGUUUUGCGUGGCUUCGGAACAGUCAUCCCUGCCAUGGAAAAGUAAUUACCAACAGCUUCACAGCCCAGCUCGUUGCAUCGAUUGUCUUCAUCAGCUUUGGCGUCAUUGCUGCUUUCUGCUGUGCCAUAGUAGAUGGAGUCUUUGCUGCCAGGCACAUAGACCUGAGGCCGCUCUACGCAGGACGAUGUCAGUAUUAUUCCAAGAGUACAACCCCACCGGAGGCAAUCUGUCACCCACAACGCCGUGCACCCUGCACACCCAAAAUAAAAACCAACACCUGCUUCUGUUGUGACCUGUACAACUGUGGAAACAGAGUAGAGAUCUCUGGAGGCUACUAUGAAUAUAUUGAUGUCAGCAGCUGCCAGGACAUCAUCCACCUUUACCACUUGCUUUGGUCCGCAACAAUUUUGAACAUAGUGGGGCUAUUUCUAGGGAUCAUUACAGCAGCGAUACUUGGAGGCUUUAAAGACAUGACUCCCUCCCUUCCUACACUGAACUGUACGGUUGAAAAUGCACAUCCUUCAGUAUCUUACUAUUCAAGGCCACAGGUGACAUCUUACAACACCUACUACCACAGCACUCCUCAUCUGCCUCCUUAUUCCGCAUACGACUUUCAGCAUUCCAGUGUGUUUCCAGCUUCUACUCCUUCUGGCCUUUCAGAUGACCCUCAGUCAGUGUCACCAUCUCCCAGCUAUAUGUGGUCCUCUAAUGCACCGCCUCGUUAUUCACCACCAUAUUUUCCACCUUUUGAAAAGCCACCACCUUAUACACCAUAAAGAAUGGAGAAAAGAAGAAGGAAAUAUUUGCCAUUGAAAUAAUUGCGAACAUUUUGUAUUUAUAUUUCACUGUGGGAGGGAACGGGAGGAUAGAUAAAGAAGAGAAUUGCAGAUGUGGAUACCAGAUUGGACUGCUCUUUCUGCAAGACUUAUUUUAGAGGUUUAACAGCUGGAUAUGGGGAAGGAGACAUAUUGCUGAUGUUUCAGUGUUGAUGAGUAACGAGUGACCUAAAUUCCAGACUCCGUGUUCUACAGUGAGGUUCUCGUUUUUUAAUAAAGUGAUACAAUGUACAUGAUAUAUUGUGGUCUGCCUUGCUCCAUCUUGAGCCAAGCUGAGGUAAGGGUAGCCAGGAUCAAAUAGUUGCCCUGCUUAAGGUGAUGGUGCUUGCAGACAGCUCAGUUUGAUGCUUGCUUCAUUUGACCUUUGGCUUUCAGUUGUUGAGGGGGCUGCAGGACCUAGCUCAGGUCGCUUGUUGGUUGCAGGCUGCGCACACACACAGGGAGGUUCUAGUAGGAGCCAGGACAGUUUCUCAAACUGUAGCACUAUUACUGACAGAAAGAGGUAACGUCAUGGGAUAUUUUCAUGUGUAUCAGAGCAGGACAGUUGGAAUAUUGCUUUUUUGAGGGGUAAACAUUAAUAGGAAAUCUGGUUUAUUUCAGGAUGCUUCCUAAGAUGGGAGGUGAAAUGCGGUUAGAUGUCCUCCUCAGAAUUCUUGUAUAAAUAAUGCUGAAGUCAAAUGUUUUGGGUGGUUGCACUGCCUAAAUUUUCCUUGUAUUGCUAUAAAGAGCAUCAGGAACUGCACAGGUCACUGAAACACAAUGCAGUGAAGACACUUUAUUUUUCCUUCUAUUUGGUUGGGAAUUUUUUUUAAGACUAAUUUUAACUUUUUUAAUGGAUUGAAUCAGCAUCCUGAAUAAGCACUGUUUUUGUAGCUAUAUUAUGGGCUGCACAUAGGGAACUCCCACUGCUAGUUCUCCAGGAUGCAAGUCUCACAUGGAUAAAAUUCAAUACCAUGUAAUGUAGGAUGAAGCUGAUAGGAAUUUGCAAUUAUUGUUGUGACUUUCAUUUAAUCUUCAGCUGAUGACUGCGCUGACUGGUCUAGAUUCGAACGGAUUUUGCAUGCAUCCUGCGUAACAAAAAAGAGGUCAGCUUUGUUACAUGACACGGUGUCCUGUAAAGUGUGGUGCUGCUCCAGGAAGUGAUUUCAGAUGACAGCUUUCAGAUCUGAGCUGCUCAGCCUGAGCAUUCUCAACUCUGCUUACUUCAGGGCUAAAAAUUGGUAUUUCACUCAUUUCCAGAAGAUUUGAUUUCCUUUGCAUCAGAUCGUUGACUCUAAUGCUAAAUGUCUACAUUUACAUUCGACCUUGAUACAGACAAAAAGGUACCUAAGAACUAAGUGGCUUUUGGAGUCUAAAAAUGGUUUACAUGCUAGGAAAAAAACAGCUGGAUUCUAAAAAUGGUUUACAUGCUAGGAAAAAAACAGCUGGAUUUUGAAUUGCAAUCUCUCUGUACUUGUAAUCCUAACAAAUUUGAGAUUCUGUCAGAAUGAAAAAUAAGCACUGCAGUCCCUGAUCUCACUUUUCAAAGUACACCCACACUUUACAAUGCUGUUUUUAAUCCUGUGCAUUUGCAAGCCUUUAUGUUAUGUGUUAACCUUAUCAUUCCACUGUCAAAUACAAAUCAGUGUAUUAAUAAAGGAUGACACUGUUUAUCCAGAAGCAAACGUGUAACGUUUCUCCAACAAUGAAGACAAAUAAAUGGCUGGAGACAGUAAUACAACUCACAGGAUUUAAAGCAGUAACGUAUGCAGAACAUCCUAGUAGCUUUUUUUUUUUUUUUUUUUUUUGAUUGUUGAAGUACAGUGCCUAUAAAUUUGGGUACUGGAAAUAAUUAAUAUACUAGAACUUCAUCCUUUUUAUAUUACGUUUGCCUGAGUUAGAUCUUGUUAAGAAGAUUAUGUGCUAUUUAAAAUAGGCAACACUUCUCUUGAUAAAUCUCCCCACAAAAACUAGAAUUUGGAGGGCACAUUAAUUUCUUAGUAACAGAAAGCCUUUUAUUGGUAUAUCUUGGAAGUAACAGUCCUGUCUCACUUCUGACAAACACACACUAAACUAUUUGUGCCUGUCUAUUAAAUAGGGCUGGAAGGACAGGAGGACACCACAGGACAGGACUUGCAGCAUACUGGUGAGAAGCCGAGUAGAAUUUCUGAGGGGAGCACAACUUAGUGGCAAGGAAAUAAUAAGGAAAUGGUUUUGUCAUUGUUUUUCACUUGACAGAAGUACUAACCUUAGGAAGUUACACAAAUUCUUUUUUUCUUCUCUCUAAUCAAUCUAAUCUAAGGCAUUCUAAGGACUCUUUAAGCAAACAUUACAUUGCUGCUUUAAAUUCAAAGGACAAUUCCAUUUUUACGUUUAAAAUAAUACGGGGGGGGGUGUCUGUUCAAUGACCUGUUUCCUUCUGCUUGAGUAAAACUAAACAUUUAGUGUAAAUGCAAUAUUCUGCACUGUAUCCAUUAUUUCUUAUGAGCAUAUAAAGAUUGUGACUCAUGUACCCUUUUAUUACUUUACCAAAGUUAAAUAAAUUGUGUGAAUUUUGUAAACAUUUACAAA